GACUUCCGUGUCGUCAGCAUCGACCUUUUCCGGCCCCAGCAUUGACAAAAUCCUCACCCUGAGAAGUGCAGAUUUGAUGCGAGGCAUCUCCAUAAAGGAAUCUUUGCGUCGUGGCGGGCGGUUAUGGCGCAAAUCCCCCAUCGACUUGCCGGAGAAGGAGAAAGCUGGACUUUGGUCACGUUCGCGGCAGGUCGACCACUUCGACAUUUUCCUGUCGCACACAUGGGCUACCAGAGGAAGUUGGAAGUACCUCUCUCUAUCCUUUCAGCAGGGCUGGGCCUACGUUCUGCUGUUAUGGCUUCUUGUCCUGGUGAUGGUGGAGCUCCUGUGCUGCUUGCGUCUGGCGCCUGUGCUUGGCACAGUCAGCUUCGGAGUUCAAAAUUUCGAUGCGAAGUGCCCGUUCAGUGGCCUCGGCAUACUCGUUGCCAUGCCUGUGUCUGUCCUCACUUUCUUCGUUGUUCCCUACAUCCCCGACGUCGGGGACAAGAAACAAUCCUGUUUCCUCGAUGUGGUCAGCAUCAACCAAUGCGAUGCCAAGAUGAUGCAGCAGGGCAUCUAUGGGCUUGGCGGCUUCCUGAGUGCUUCCAAAGAAAUGAGAAUCCUUUAUUCUGGACGAUACCUCUCCAGGUUGUGGUGCGUUUUUGAGUUGGCUGCCUUCCGCACGGCCAACCCCACCGGCAGGAUCCGCUUCGCGCCGUUGUUUGUGGAGCUCGGUGUGGCCGUCCUCUGGCUCGGAGGCACAUUGGCGAUUCUUCUCUACAUUGUGGGCUUCCUCACGAAGUUUCGCGGCACAGUUCUUCUUGUCGUGGCACUGCUCCCGCUGCUCGGAGUCUUCCACCUCCUCCGGCAGAACCUGUCCCGGAAGCGCCAGGUCUUCUUGGCCUUGGCAAACUUCGAACUGUCGAAUGCGAGCUGCAGAUUUGCCUCGGAUCAGGAGUUCAUCUACAGCGCAAUCCAAAAGUGGUACGGCAGUUUAGAUGCCUUCACCGCUCAUGUUCGCGGCCCACUUCGUGACGAACUGCUCAAAGACCACUUGGGUACGAGCCUACCGUGGUACUACGGCGUGCUGAUUACGACCCCGUGGAUUAGCUUAGGGAUGGACGCGCUGGCCGCCUUGGUCGCAGGGGACGCCCCCACCGACGCCAUCCUGGCAUAUGGCCUUGCCAUGACGCUGGGCCUCUUCACUUUUUGGUGGCUCUUUACCAUGCUAUUCUUGCUGCUGCUUUGCCACCGGUGCCCAUCGGCAGAAAGAAGCCUUUGCUCUGUGGCGCAGUCUUUGAUUUUGUUCUUGCUGUACCUCUUGGUCGCACUGUCUGGUGUCUAUGCAGCACGCCGGGCAGCCAACCACAGUGUCGGAGCAUCAUUCAUAUGGUGUGUUGCAGCUGGCCUUCUUGUUUGGCUAUGUGGUGGCGGACUUCAGCGUUGGCAAGCACUUUUCCACGGGAAGGGGGUCGUAAGAUCGCCGGAAGUCCCCCGUACAUCAUGA